CAACAUUAUAUUUUGCUGUAAAGGAUUAAACUGCUCAAUUGGAUCAAUCUCAAUUUGUUGCAGUUGCAUCCCUCUUGUGAAGCAGGAACUUGGUAACACUUUUUAACUUGGAUAUACUUUGAAUUACCAAUGGAUUUCUUAAACGAUUCUUUUUUUCCCCUCGGAGACACGAAUUCAACUACAACAACAGCUGUAGAUGGGUCCCUACACUGCAGCGCCAUCCUCCCUGUCAUCUUCGGCAUCAUCUGCUUUCUAGGCAUCAUGGGGAACUGUAUUGUGAUCUACACCAUCAUGAAGAAGACCAAGUGUCGUGCCAAGCAAACGGUUCCAGAUAUCUUUAUCUUAAACUUAUCAAUUGUUGAUCUCCUGUUUCUCCUUGGGAUGCCAUUCCUCAUCCACCAGCUGCUGGGCAACGGCACCUGGCACUUUGGAGCUGCGAUGUGCACGGUCAUCACAGCGCUUGACUCCAAUAGCCAGAUUGUCAGUACUUACAUCCUCACUGCAAUGACUCUUGACCGUUACUUGGCUACAGUCCAUCCCAUCCGCUUCAACUACAUCCGCACACCUUUUGUGGCAGCGCUGGUCAUUGGUCUUGUGUGGGCUUUGUCCUUACUCACUAUCAUCCCGGUGUGGAUGUAUGCAGGCCUGAUGCCUCUCCCGGAUGGCCUGGUGGCCUGUGCUCUCCUUCUGCCUGACCCAGUCACUAGCAUAUACUGGUUUACACUUUAUCAGUUCUUCUUGGCAUUUGCUAUACCUUUGGCCAUCAUCUGCCUGGUGUUCUUCAAAAUCCUCCAGCACAUGUCCGCCAGUGUGGCUCCACUGCCUCCACGGAGUUUGAGGGUGCGCACCAGGAAGGUGACACGGAUGGCAGUGGCCAUCUGCCUAGCCUUCUUCGUCUGCUGGGCCCCUUACUACAUCAUUCAGCUGAUCCACCUAGGAGUGAAGAAGCCAAGCGUAGCUUUCUCCUAUGCCUACAACAUAGCCAUUAGCAUGGGAUACGCUAACAGUUGCAUCAACCCAUUCCUCUUCAUUAUUCUCAGUGAGACCUUCAAGAGGCAGUUUCUCAGGGCUGUACGCCCAGUAAAUAGAAAGUUCCGUGUACACCCGAGUACCACAGAUGGCGCCAGUGUGAGUGUGAGAAUGAUACCCGAAGGGGCUCACCAGGAUCCACCCUCUGGGGAGAUGCCACAGUCCAACGAGGCCCCACAAUGAAUCAAAUCAAAAAUAAUUUCACCAUGUAUCACUGUGGAUCUGUGCAAGUCUCAAGCACGACAUAUGGGACAUUAGUACAAGUACUCAUAUUUCUGAACAGUAAUGUCUGCACAUCAACUCCAAUCACCAUUUUAUUAAAAAAGAAAAAGUUGUGUUAUUUUUUUUGCCUGAAUAAAAAUGUUCUUUCCCAUCAUUGAUAAUCAUGCAAAGGACCAUUUCACUGAUCCGACUGUAUGCAAAGCAACAUUAAUCUGCAUUUACUGGACAUCUUUCAGCCCGUCUCUCAACAGAAAGUUGGCAAUAUGAUCAUUUGAAUUCCACAUGGUUAUGUUAUCUUCCUCCAGGCCAAAUCCCCUCUGCUCUGCCUUGACCAUGAUGCAGUGAACUUUUAACCACAACAUUUUCCUUCAGAUUGGAUCAUCAUCAGUUCAAAACGUUUCUAAUGACUACACCUAAAUACCAAGGUCUCUUCCGGCCUGUCGUCAAAACUUCAAUGCUGAUUUAUUGUCACUGCAUGUGUCAGGGUUGCACAUGCAGUUAUAGUCUCUUUAUGCCACAUAAAAAAAGAAACUAUGUGGUAACAAGUGGAGUAAAUACUUAAUUACAUACUGUCCAUUAACACAUCAUUUACAACACAUAAGUCACUUUUAAUAUUUGACAUGUCUGUUGUUCAGAAACUUUAAUAUAAAAGGUUAUUCAUAUCAAUCUGCACAUUUAUAUUAUAUUACUGAGUGCAUCCAUGAAGAUUAACAAGAAGCUGUUUGCAGACAGUGCUUUAUUUGACUGAAUUAAUGGACAUUCUUGUUCUUGUGUCCUUCUGUGGUUUUCUGACCAAACAUCUUACCUUUGAAGAACAGAAUAAAGAAGGAGUCUGAACCUAAUGCUUUGAAUCAUAAGUAUCUAAAGACUGGAAUACAGAUUAGACAUUACUUAGCAGAGAAUAGUUCACUAUGGAGACCAUUAUAUAUCAACCCAUUCGCAGCAGAACUGAGGUAUGUUGUAAAAAGAUUUUACAUUGCUUUUCUCCUCUUUUGUAUGAUGCCUUUCAACCAGAUGACAUUUCACUAUAGAAACAUUGCUGAGGAGGUAACAUGAACUACGUAACUUCAAAAUGAGCUUUUAACCAAAUACAUGUUUUUUGUUGUUGUUGUUUAAAGCAAGAAACAUAUGAAAGACACAAAUUGGUAAACAGAAUUCACCUAAGGCCUACCGAUGUGAAAAACAAAGCAUACGUGACUUUUGGUUCUGUAACUAUCUUUUUCAAUAUACAUUUGCUGUGGAUGUUUUAUGUUUUUGCUUUGCAUGUCUGUUUGCUUAUUUGUCUGUUAUGAAGAUAUGCUAAACAAGUACCACCAUUUGGCAAAUUAUAGUCUAGUUUGAUGACAAUAUUCAAAUAUAUCCAUCCAACUCUUGCAUUAGCUUUGAUAGCUUGUUUUUGUUUGUCAGUUUCCUUCAGUAAUUCCACAACAAACUGUCACAUUGGAACAAUGCUUGUAAAUAUGACUCACCACACUCAGCAUGUGUAAAAUAAGAGAUUGUAGACAUCUUUACAAACCCAAAGAGGAAGAUAAAUAAAAUGUUGUUUUUUUCUAGUUCAUCUGAUAACAUUCAACAGUUGUGAUUCCUGCUGAGGAACCUCUUGAAUAAAAUGAAGUGAUGUUUUGCCAAGCUGUGACACUGCAUUUUCAGUAUCAAUUCACUCCGAAAUGUAAAGCCAUAAAUAUGCCGCAUUGGCUUUAGAUGAGC